UAGAACUGCUGUUUAUCAUUGACUGAAAACUGAUGGAAAAUAGUUCAGAUGAGUUAAGCAACAGCUCCUGACAGCUGAGAGCUCGAUCAUGAUGGUUUCUGAUAGUUUGUACUGUACGCUGUGGAUGCUAUCGCUUUUUGGCCAGUAUUUAGGGGAAGAUCUGCAGAUUUCUGGUCCGGUUUAUGGAGCAGUAGGAGGAAGUGUGGUGUUUGCUCCUGUUAACCCGCCCUCCACAUCAAUUGAUGCAGUUCAGUGGCAUUUUGGAACAACUCUAAUAUUGACAGGAUCGCCUGAUUCACCUAUAAUAGCCUCAGCAUACAGAGACAGAGUCAGUUUUGACAGAAACACUCUCGCUCUGGAGCUCUGGAACCUAAUACUGGGUGAUUCUGGGAUAUACAGACUUACUGUAAUAACUAGUGUUGGAGACUCACUUACAGGAGAAACUUCACUACAAGUGUUCGAAAAUAUAACUAAUGUCAGAGUUACUGGUCCAGAAGGAUCAUUAAUAGAGGGAGAAUCAUCUGCUAACUUCAGCUCUGAGGGAACUGGCAUCAUCACCUCUGUGCAGUGGAUGAAAGAUAACAGUCCUCUGUCUCCUAGCAACAGCAUCAUCUUCUCAUCUGAUAACAGAUCAGUGUCCAUCAGUCCAGUGCAGAGAUCAGACAGUGGAGAAUAUCAGUGUACAUAUAGAAACCCUGCUAGCUCUCAGACGGCAAAACCUGUGCGUCUGAUCAUCAACUAUGGACCAGAAGAUGUUUCUGUUAAGGGUGAAGAUGUGGUGGAUUUAGGGGUUCGUGUGUCUCUCUCUUGUUCUGCAAAUUCUGAACCUGCUGCUUCAUUCAGCUGGACGUUUAAUGAAACAGACACCAAUGUGACGACAAAUACAUUCACCAUAAACAAGACUGACUUCACACACAGUGGAGAUUACAUCUGCACAGCCUCCAAUAAUGUCACAAAGAGAAGCGCCUCACACAAACAUGCUUUACUAGUUAAAGUAGGAGGAGCUGGAGGAGGAAGAGGAGGAGGAGGGCUGUCAUCAGGGGCGAUAGCUGGGAUUGUCAUUGGGGUUUUAGUGGCAGUUGCAGGCAUUUGUGGCCUGACUGUCUAUUUAACAAAAACUAAGAAAAUCCCAAAGUUAAACCAACAACAAAAAGGACAAGCAAGUGAAGCAGCACAAAGCAGACAGGAGACAAAGGCCAGAGGAGAUGGAGCGAUUCCAGGGAAGAUGAGUGAACAUAUAUACGAGAAUGACAAACAUGAAAAUGAGUAUGAGAAUGAUAUGUAUGAAAAUGUAAAGCUUGAUUAUUCAAGAAGGCCAAGGGUUCCUACUCCUCCUCAGGUCUCAAACCCUCCUCCUGUGCGCAGGUGAAGAAGUGAAGACACUGAAACACAUCUACUGCAAGAUGAUCGAUCGGCUGUAUCAUUUAUUUUCGUUUUUUUUUUUUUUUUUUUUUACAAUUUAAACAAAAAUUUUUAUAUGGCAUAUUAAUGAAAGAUUAUAAGCUGUUGCAUCAACUGUUUGUUCUGUGUGCUCCACUCAUGCAGUUUAAUUAUAAACUUGUUCCUCACAAUGGACAAAUAUAUUUUUCUUGACAUAGUUCCUUAAAAAGUCAGAAAUACAGAAGUAUCUUUCUGUAAUAGUAAAAGAUUAGGGUCAAAGCCAUAACCGUAUAAAAGGCCAUAUAUUAAAGGCAUGGAAACAUGACAUACUAAAAUAGGACAAGUACUAAUAACAUGGAAUCAUAUCUGCAGAUCUGGUAUUGAAAUGUUAAUUUUCAGGCUCAGGUGGAAUCUGCACACACAGAGAACUCAGAAGAAAGCAGAUUGAACACUAGGUCUUUGAGUUCUACACAUUUGACAUCUUGUCUUUGCUCCUUUAUUCAAUAUUUUUGGCUAGUGUUUUUAAAAUUACAUUUAAAUAUGAAUUAUAUUUAUAUUUAUUUAUAAUGGUCAGAACUCAGCCCCUAAGAAAUCAUCAGAAACAUCCUCAUUCUUUCUUUCCUACACUGGGCCAAUAAAAGAAGAUAAAUCUGAUAAUGUGUAAUGAAAAACAAAGGUCACAUUCAUGAAUAAAAUCACCUUUAGACCUGAACACAUCAUCACUCAGGCAAAAGACAUGAGGAAGUGACAUUUUAUUCUGGUCAUCAGGGGCGGACUGGGACACAAUCUAAAAUGAUUUAAAUACCCAAGAUUUAACAAACCUAUAUAGAAAUAUAUAUAUUCAUAGAAAUAUAAUGUCAAACUUUGUGCAAUAUCUUUAUUGAAAAAUCCUAAUACUAGACUAUUAUUUAAAUUUUUAAAUACAAAUUAAUUUGAAUAUCUGUGUGCUAAAUUUAUUAAUGUACAGUACCAUUACAGUAGAUAAUACUGAUGUCCUUUAUGAUAAUCAGGACACGACUUUGGGCUAUUGAUUUAUUUUAUUUUUGGUAAUUUGCAUGAAAAAAUCUUAUGUUGCGUGUUGCUUUUGGGGGGGGCUUAUUUAAACAAUAAGGUUGCUUGUUAGGAAAAUUUGACAGGCAACUUCAAUUAUUUGUAUUUAUGUUUGCCGUAUUCUACAAUGCAUUGAUUGACACUCUGCUCACAGUAAAUAGCCAAAUCAGUGCAAUAAUAUACUGUACAGGGGCGGACUUAACCAAAAAGCAAGGUAAGCGGCAUCUGAUAUUGGGCAAACAUAUUUGGCAAACGCUCAAGUGUCUUGUGUUUUUCUCCCCAUGUUCUCUGAGAGUGACAAAUUUUCACUCAUCACUCAAAAUGCUGAGUUUUUGUCAAGUGCUGAGUUCUGCAAGCUUGUGAAUCCUCUAAUUGUAACAACAUUCAUAGAAGAAAUUGAUUGUGCAGUGCAGACAGCUUCAUUGAUUAACGGAAUUGAUUAAUCGCAAUGAACUGAAGUGAAUGUGAUCCAGAAAAAUAAGCCUAAUGUGGAUUUAGAACAGCAUCAGGUUGACUAAUUAUUUAUUUUAGCGGUGAAGAAGUAAAUAAACUUUGAACUAAAGAGAGAGAGCAAAAUAAGGGUUAGACGUAAAAGAGCACAUAGUUAUUGUUUUGGGGCCCCAUACCUGAAAUUUGCUUAGGUCCCCAAAAUCACUAAGUCCACCCCUGAUAAUAUAAGUGCUGUAGCGUAAUUCAUCAAACAUUAUGCCCCCUCACAAACAAGGGUUUCUACACCAAGUACUAAGUCAUGCGUUGCUUGAGGAUCAAAUAAUUUUUUCACUCACUGAAAUGCAAAUCAAUUUAUAACCUUUAUAGUGUGUUUUGGUAUUGGUUGGUAUUCUGUCUCUUUAAAAAUUACAGACCCUUCAUUUCUUUGUAAGUGGCAAACUUACAAAAUCAGCAGGGGAUCAAAUAAAAAAUGUCAACACUGUAUGUGUGUGUAUGUGUUAUUGCAAAACAUUGACUCUAUACAAUAAAAAAAUAAA